AUGACAGUUGGGCAGGCUGGGAUGGAUGGAUGCCGGCAGACGACGCAGGAAGACAUCAGGGGCAUUUUUGAUAUCUUUCAACGACAUGGACACUUCGAAGUCGACACUUCACGUGCAUACGCAAAAGGCACCUCUGAAGCUCUCCUUGGGGAGAGUCUUUGGCAGCAGAGAGGUCUUCAGAUGCAGACCAAGAUUUACCCGACAGCGGGCAAGAAUAUGGAUGCCGAGAACUACACGUUGGGUGCCGAAGACCUACGGAGAGCAUUAGAGCGUAGCCUUGAAGCGCUGCAGACAGAGACAAUAGAUUUGUGGUACCUGCACGCGCCGGAUCGCAAGACACCUCUCGAGGUCACCAUGCGUGAAGUCGACAAAUUACAUCGGGAGGGCAAAUUUGCGCGUCUUGGUAUCAGCAACUUCAUGUCCUGGGAGGUGGCACAGAUGUGUGAGCUCUGUGACCGCUACGGCUGGAUUCGUCCCUCUAUUUACCAAGGCAUCUACAAUCCACUUCAUCGUGCAAUUGAGGCGGAACUACUCCCAUGCCUGCGACACUAUGGUAUUUCACUAUACGCCUUUCAGCCCUUGGCUGGCGGAUUACUUACUGGUCGCUACCGCUACGACACGACGUCUUUCGAGGCUGGUUCACGAUACGACCCCAACAACUCUCAGAGCGGUGCUAUGAAUGGCCGUUAUUGGAACGAGACCACUUUUGCGGCCCUAGCAAUAAUUGAGGAUGCUGCCAAGCGACACUCUCUCACGAUCCCGGAGUGCGCAUACCGCUGGCUGAUCCACCACUCAGUUCUGGAUAAACAGCACGGUGAUGCCGUUAUAAUCGGAGCGAGCAAUGAGAGGCAACUGGAAAACAAUUUGGCGAAUUUGGAGAAAGAGACCCUUCCACAAGAUGUGCUCGAAGCCAUGGAGAUGGCGUGGCAGAAAAUCCAGGAGCCUAUUCGGAAGUACUGGCAUUGA